AUGAACUUCGAUCCAGAGGAUAUCUUUGACACCGACAAAUCCUAUAUGAAACAUGAAGCCAGGAAUUAUACGAAGCACACAGACGAAACAUACUGCUAUGCCAGUUUCCAUGCUAAUAUUACUGAACAUCAGUUUGUUGUCAAUAGAAUGUCGGACUGUGCUUCCACAUUCAGAGGUAAAAUCAAAGCUGGAACCCUGAAUGGGAAAGUUCCGGAGACAUUGAAAAAGAACAAGUGCUAUUAUCAACACAAUUGGAUUAUCUGCGUUUGUAGUGUAACUUACUGCAAUUCUCCGCAAUAUUGGACGUUGAUGCUUGCUAGGUUUGCACAUGACAAGGCACCGAAAACUCGUCUCGAACCUAGAGCUUUUGAAGAUGCAAAGACUGUUGCAAAGAUGGCGAAUGUUUCGUUACAAGUGAAUCAAAAUGUGAAAUCAGAGUAUCGGGAUAACUUGAGGUGUUUGGUAUGGCUUGCGGAUACUGUUAACCAAGCGGAAGAAAAUCCACCAUUCUAUCUGUACAACUACAUCACCACUGUUCACCGAUCUCCCCCUCUCGCCGAUGCUCUUGCUAAUGCUCCGGUUUUAAGAAAAGAUCGAGACUGGGGAACCAUUGAUAAUCACACAUUGACACAACUACAUAUGAAUCUGAAGGAACCAUUCAAAGAUGGAACUCAUGAGACUGACCGGGACUACAAAACCUAUCCACAUGAGUUGGCACAAGACGAUGAGAAUGCACAAAAUGCUCUGUAUAUCAUAGCUGCUGGAACAGUCUGGUGGUUGGUUGCACUCAUUGGCACUAUUGUUUUCCUAAUCAAGAUUUGUCGCAGAGCACAAGAUCAUUCACAGUUCCCUCGGAUCAAUGACGUGUAUUGCCAUCGCAGAUACGAAAGAUGCUUCAAAUCUCCAACACUGCCGAAGGAAUUCGAGAAAGUUCGACGUUGCGAUUUCAAGAAGAAGGAAGCAGGGGCUUCUAUCAAGUAG